AAAUCACCCUAAGCUUGUUUGUUCCUUUUAAAGCUUUUGAGUAUAAUGCUGUUGGAGUAAUUGUGCUGAAGUAGAGUUUUGCAGAUUUAAUAUUGCUGGGGUUUUGGUUGUUUGUUGGAAGAGAAGAACCUGUCUGAUCUAGUGAAAUUUUGUUUAAUUAACUAAAAUGCUGAAUGAUUGGUUUAUGACCUGCCUUGCAGCUUGUUUGUUGUCUGUGUCAUACAGCGCACCACUGUCUGUGGCUUGGUGUUAUGAUAAGCCGUCAUGUAGUGACAUCACAUGGCCCAUAAUUGCCAAAAAAGACUGUAAUGGCACUCAACAGUCUCCAAUAGACAUCAUAACUGCCAAUGUCCAGGCUAAUGCUAAUCUGACCUCAUUCAACUUCACUGGCUACGAUGACAAAACGACCUUAACCGAGAUCAAAAACACUGGCAAGACAAUCAAAGUUACACUUAAUCACACAAGAAUGCAUGUGGAAGGAGGGGAUCUGCCAGGCUCGUUUGCCAGUAAACAGUUUCAUCUCCACUGGGGUAAUGGCAGUGCCAUGCCUGGAUCUGAACACACUGUGGAUGGCAAACAAUACCCGAUGGAGCUGCACAUAGUGAAUAAGUUUGAACAUAACGGGUCAACUCAGUUAGCUGCUCUUGGUUUCUUCAUCGAGGCCACUAAUGACACUGGUAAACCAGAGAGCUGGAAGACUUUGACAUCCUACCUGGCAAAAAUUGCAAAUGCAGGUGAUAAAGCAUGCAUCACUGAAUAUAUCUCUAUGGAUGAUCUGCUUCCUGGAGUGGACAGGACGAAAUAUUACCGUUAUCUUGGCUCUUUGACCACACCAAACUGUAAAGAAGGUGUGGUGUGGACCAUCUUUAAAGACCCUGUCAAAGUCAGCCAGGAUUUGAUUGACCUUUUCAGCAAGAGGGUUUAUGUCAACACUGCGACCGACUCCCCUCUAAUGGUGGACACGUUCAGGGGUGUACAGCCUGUCAACGGCAGGAUCGUGUCGUCACAGGUGGCAGGUACCGGAGCUACCGGUCCUAUAUCCCAAACGGCAUCUAACUUUGACUUUCUAGACCUCUCUUUUGAGUGUCAUACCCCUGAACCUUACCCUGCAUUUGAGUUCCCAACUGACGCAUACUAUUACUAUUCAACUAAAGCUCAAGAGCUGCUGUUUUACUGGUGUAUGUACAGUAUGAGGUUUUGUAUGAUGAAUGCUUUCAUGGCCUGCCUUGCAGCUUGUCUGUGGCUGUUGGUACCCACUGCAUCAACCUCUGCACCGUGGUGUUAUAACAGCCCAUCCUGUAAUGAUGUCACUUGGCCCACAAUUGCAAGUAAAGACUGUAAUGGCACUCAACAGUCUCCAAUAGACAUCAUAACCGCCAGUGUCCAGGCUAAUGCUAAUCUGACCUCUUUCAACUUCACUGGCUACGAUGACAAAACGACAUUAACUGAGAUUAAAAACACUGGCACGACAAUCAAAGUGACACUUGAUCAAAAGAGAAUGCAUGUGGAAGGAGGGGAUCUGCCAGGCUCAUUUGCCAGUACAGAGUUUCAUCUCCACUGGGGUAACGGCAGCGCCAUGCCUGGAUCUGAACACACUGUGGAUGGAAAACGAUACCCUAUGGAGUUGCAUAUUGUAAAUAAGGCUGAGCGUAAUGGCAGUAUGACUGGUGAUCCAGAAUUGGCAGUUCUUGGUAUCUUCAUUGAGGCCUCUAAUGACAUUGGGAAACCUAUGAGCUGGAAGAACUUGACUUCUUAUCUUCAGAAAAUUGCCAAUGCAGGUGAUAAUGAACGCAUUUACCACAAUAUCUCCAUGGAUGAUCUGCUUCCUGGAGUGGACAGGACUAAAUAUUACCGUUAUAUUGGCUCUCUGACCACACCAAACUGCACUGAAGGUGUGGUGUGGACUAUCUUUAAAGAUACAUUCAAAGUCAGCCAGGAUUUGAUUGACCUCUUCACUACGACUCUGUACAUCAACACGACCACCAACUCUCCUCUAAUGACCAACACUUUCAGGGGUGUUCAGCCCGCCAAUGGCAGGAUUGUGACGUCACAGGUGCCAGGUACCAAAACUACUGGCCUGCUUACACCAACUAGGCUGACAUCAACUACAAAACCAACUACAACAUCAACCGCAAAACCAACUACAACAUCAACCGCAAAACCAACUACAACAUCAACCGCAAAACCAACUACAACAUCAACCGCAAAACCAACUACAACAUCAACCGCAAAACCAACUACAACAUCAACCGCAAAACCAACUACAACAUCAACCGCAAAACCAACUACAACAUCAACCGCAAAACCAACUACAACAUCAACCGCAAAACCAACUACAACAUCAACCGCAAAACCAACUACAACAUCAACCGCAAAACCAACUAAACCAAGAUCAAGCGCUACAAACCCAUCCCAGGCUCUCGUGUGGCCACUUGGGAGUCUUGUAAUCCUGUACUACAUCAUACCUUUGUUCUAAAAUUGGUCCAUGAAAUUAAGAUACUUUUUAACUGAUGACUUUAGACCUGAUGGUAUAAUCCAUUUGAUUAAAAAAAACACACACAAAAAAAAAACACACCAUGUAAAGUAAUGUAAAUUUUAUCUGCUUUAGUGUAUAGUUCUUAUUGUCAAGGUUUAUUAAUGUUGUGGAAAGAUUUGUGUUUUUCAGUUAAAUGCUAGUUUCCUCACACUCAGUUUGUUCCCUGCAACUGUUUCAUAUGGAAGUGGAUGUGUUGCAGGUUGUAUACUGAUUUUAGUGCAAAGUUUUGAGAACAUUUGAGCUUCAGUUUGUGAAAACCAGUCAUUUUCAUGUUGUGAUUUCUACUCCUUGCAUUUUUAAAUGCAUAUUCAUUUGUCACAUGGAAAAACUUCAUUAAAAUGAAUAAUUGUAUCA